GGAUAGUUAGGUUAGGUUCGUAUUCUUGUCAGGUUCGUAUUCUUGUAAAAUAGAGAAUUCAACUGAGAAGUAUCCGAAACUGAUUAUUAAUCAGAUUAAUCUAUAAAUCUAUUGGAAAAUGCCACCACAUGGGGGACAUGGAAGUACUUGUUGCGAAGGGGACAGCCAUAAGAAUGAAACACAAGAAAUGGGUGUUGAAUACAGUCUUUAUACCAAAAUCAAUAAAGACAACUUGGAAUGUUUGAAUGAGGAAUGUGAGGGUUCUGGAAAAACAAUUUUCAAACCAUGGGAGGAGAGGCUCAACUUUGAUACAGUUGUAGAGUCAGAUGCUGAUGCAGAAUUGUUAUUUAAUAUUCCAUUUACUGGUAACAUCAAACUGAAAGGUAUUAUUGUUGUGGGAGAGGACAAUGAAACUCACCCAUCUAGAAUGCGAAUAUUCAAAAAUAGGCCUUCAAUGACAUUUGACGAUGUUUCAAUACCACCAGAUCAAGAGUUUGUUCUUCACCAUGAUACUCAGGGUUCUUUAGAAUAUGCCACAAAGGUUGUGACUUUCAAUAAUGUACAUCAUUUAACCCUACACUUUCCAAGUAAUUUUGGUGGUGAAAAAACAAAAAUUUAUUAUAUAGGUUUACGAGGUGAAUUUUUUGUGUCCCAUCAUCAUGGAGUGACAAUCUGCAAUUACGAGUCUGCACCUAACAUAUCUGAUCAUAAAAAUCAGUUGGAUGAAAUUUCUGGCCAUGCUGUACAAUAAAUAAAAAUCUUCAAAAAAAGGUGUUCAUAACAUAUGUGAUAUAAACACAAGAAAUUAUCGAGUCACUUUUAUAGUAAUAUUUUUUGGAAUUUGUUAUGUAUUUAUUUUUUAUUUUGUGUGUUCAUCUAACAUGAAAGCUUAACUAAAUAAUCUAACUGGUUUUUCACUACUGUUUUUUUUUUCCAGACAUUGUUGUUUUGAGUUUUGAUUGAAAGCAAUAAAUAAUUCAUUUAUUA